AUGUUUGUUGCCACCUCAAAGGAAAGAUCCCAUGAUGGAUCUUCUCGUUUGUCUCAAACAGACAAAUCAGAGUCUGAAUCCAAAGUUAAGAGAAAAGCCCCCUCUCCUGGGGUAACCUUACCAUCUCUGUUCUCUGAGACAUGUCUCUCAGCAGCCCUUGGCUCAAAGGACCUGUUCAGUUCCACAUCUUUGCUUAAAAACAUCCCAUCUGGUAAACCCGUGUCGUUGCUGGAACUGCCUCACCCGAUUGGUCAAUGUGGCUCAGAGAGAGCCAUAGCUGAGGCUAAAUGGGCUGAUGGGCCACGACUAAAAACUGACAUCCCCACUGGAGCUGCUCUGCUGAAAGCAGAAAGUCUUGCUGCGAAUGAUGAUUCAGUGGAUGUUUCGGCAAGCAAGGGCAGAAGGAAAACGAAAGACAAAAAAGCAAACCAACUACAUGAAUAUCCUCUAACGGGCACAGAGGUUGUUCUGAUGUUUGCAGAGAAAAGCAACACAGAAGAGCUGUUUUACCUCAAGGAAGUGGACAAGGACGCUCGCAGGCCUUAUGAUCUGCAAGUGGUCCAUGCCUUGGAUGCCGGUCCUGAGCACUACAUCUUCUCCCCUAAUUCUGUGCUUCACGUGACAGCAACAGGCUUUGGUGGGGUUGUCAGUCUUGCAGAGUGGUACCGAGAGUAUGUACUGUGGACAGCUUUACAGGAGAUAAAUUUUUUCAAAAACUUCCGGCUACGUAAAGCCUUUUCCUGCUGGCAUAAGAACGUACGUGUGAUCCAUUUCCAGCGCAAGUGUGACAAACUUGAAGAUCUGCUUCUUGUAGCUGUGCCUCAGUUCAGAACUGCUCUCCAUCUGUUAUCUGGAUUGCUUAAUGAGCUACAAGGAAAGAACCCGAUGCCUUUGGAUGGCUUUAAAACCCUCUCAUUGCUGGAAUUCAACAAAGUACUGAUAACGAAAAAUGAAGAGUUUUUUCUGUCUCUGCAGAAGUUAUCUAAAUACCAUGCAGCACUUCUGAAUGCGGUAAAAGACAAGAGCUAUGAAAACCACAAGGAGCUCCAGAUGCAACUGAGACUUACCAAAAAGGCCAUUAGAUCCUCUGAACCCAUCCACCUGGUUUUGGGCCACAAGCAGAAGCUGAAGAAACAGCUGGCCCAGUCGGAAAACAUCUUGAAGAAACUGGGCAACUUUGCAGCGCUCGUCCAUCAGAUGAUUGUACAGAGUCUGGUUACCGUCACGCAGCAAGAUGCCAGAUCUUUUCUCAGAUGCCUGAAGAGCUUUUCAUCUCAGCGGUGCAGCGUCUUCUACACUGAACUGUGUUUUAGUGCUAAUAGUCAACUAACCAUUGAACCACCAAUCUGGGAGUUUCACAAAACACUGAAUGAAUCUCUCCUGAGGGCUGGCAGCACCCUUAUUCAGAUGUGUGACAAUUUAGGAUUCUUCCUGGAGAUCAGCAACAAGGAGUGUAACUCGGACCAAGAUUUAGCCUCUGACCUCAGCUGUAUUAAAUGUUCUACAGUGGCCGGAACAAACACAGUGGGAAUGAAUGAUCAGCCAAUCAGAAGCCACCUUUUCCAUUCUGAAUCAAGUUUUUUGAUGGUGGAAAGCAAAAUGAUGGAUGGCUGCUACUAUCCUCUUUCCAAAACAAAGCUAGAGUGGUAUAUCAACAUCAACGAUGUUACAGAGCAAGUUGAGACUGAGCAAGCCAAGAUCCUGCAGGACACAGAAUUAGAAAUAGAGCACGUGUGUAAGACCUAUACGUGGUUGAAGGACGUCCAUUUGUUUGUCAGUCAGUGGAGUGCAGCUUCAUUGGAAUCCAUGAAGGGUCAGCCUGCGUCUGUGUAUGAGGAGCACAUUAAAAAGCUGCACGGCUGGGCUCAAAGAAUCCAUACAGUGAGCCCGUCAACAUGUACAUCAAGCCAUCUGGUCGUCAUCGAUUCUACCAAAACGAAGGAAACUCUACUGCGGCAGCUUAGCCUCAUUAAGGAGGAGGUGCAAGAGCUCCUUGUUGACCAGAUGAAGAGGCAGUCAGAAAGCCUCAUUGGUGACUUGGAGAAGAUGACUGCUCAACUCAAAACAGAACCGGAAGACUUCUCAAAAUACGCUUUCAUGGUCAGGAAGUUUAUGAAAAUGUUGGCUGACAUGCAGAGCCAUUUGGAAUACAUUCUCUCUCUCCGUGACGCAGUUUACGUGAGCUACAGGAAGAUGACUGAGCAGGAGAUUUCUUUGGAAGAGAAGAUGCUGGGGUUGUGGGAUAAUUUUAUCCCCCUCCUGAAGCAGGCAGAGAACCUCGUGUCCCAAAGCCUUCCUGCUGUGACUAACGCAAUGGAUACCAUGUUUUCAUUUUUGGUCUGUGAUCUUAAAAGCAUAGUCUUUAAGGCCACUUCUGGGCCUUUCCUUGACCCGAGCCAGAAUGCCAACGAGAUGGUUUCCAAGCUAAAGUACAUGUGCGAGCAUGUGCAGACCCUCAGCACAAAGCUGGAUGAACUUAACAGCAGCAGCCAAAGCAUGCAAGAGCAAAAACUGGACCUAACUAUUCUGGCAGCAGAUGUCAAAAAAGUCCUUGCCCGUGAAGAGUUGUGGCAACUUAAAGCUGAGUGCACUGCAUGGACGGAAAGGUGGAAUCAAUUACCACUCAGAGAGGUGUCUGUGUCGCAAGCUCAGGAGAAAAUUGCCAUUUGGAAAAAUCAAACGCUGUCUUUGACCAGCAUCAUCCCUGCCACUGAUGCAGUCCUGGAGGAGACUUCCGGAGUCCUGGAAAGCUUAAGCCAACAGGUUGAGGUCUUGGCAAAGCUGAAGUCUUCCUCGCUGAAGGAGAAACACUGGACAAAUAUUUUCCAAGGCAUGGGCCUCCUGGAUGUCCCAGAGAAGAGAGUGACUGUUGGUCAUUUCACGUCUAGAUUCAUGUCUGGAACGCACCAACAACUAAUGCAAAAGAUAUGCAGGGAGGCACAACUAGAGUGGGAUUUGGAGAAGAGCUUCCAAACACUUUGUUUAAGAUGGAGAGAAAGACUCUUUCAGCUGCAUGAGCUCGUUGUCCCUGCUUGCCCUCACUGUGAGGCUCAGAAUGGAUUAAACAAAGAAGAGAUGCUCACAGAUUCCACCCUUUACAGCGUUCAAACGACCUGUCAGUGCCGCUGUAAUGAUGCCAGAGUCACCAUUAUCGGUCUAGAAACACUCUUUGCUGAGAUACAGAAGGAUUUGAUAACGCUUUCUACCAUGUUGAGGUCUCCACACAGUGUUGAAUUCCAACUUCAGUUGAAGGAUUUGGUUCAGUCUCUCAAAGAUCUCGCUAAGCUGCUUGAUUUAUUUGAAAGAUACCAGCAAACGUGGGCCUUCCUGACAAAGAUAUUUAGAGAAGCAUCACAUGAUCGCGAACAAGCAGAUCUGCUGAAGGAUUUUCAACAAGCUGAUGAUGCUUUUAAAGAAAUGAUGCACUCAGUCUCAAAAGACCCUCAUGUGUGGAACCUUGUGUGCUCUGAAACGAAUCACCAACAUGGUGGGGAUAGCCUUUGGGAGAUUCUCAUGGACGGUUUGUUUGCAAUGGAAUGCAUUUCCCACCGGAUGGAUAAUGUUUUUCAGACCUUUCGUGAGCAGUUUCCAAGACUGUACUUCUUGAAUGACAGGGAGAUAAUGGAACUACUCUCUUUUCACCCAUUAGAAUCGAAACAGCAAUUAUUUUUACGCAAAUGCUUCAAAGGUGUACAUCUGCUUGAAGUGGAGGUUGAAAGAUUGUCCAAUACAAGCAAUUUGGAGAGCUUUAGGCCUUCAUCUGAAAAUAUCGAACAGAUGAAAGUUCUGGGUGUUUUUGGCAGCCUCCAGGAACACAUUGCUUUUCAGCCUCCUUUGGGACCGAACCCUGAUACCCUGGUCUGGCUAUGUGCCUUUGAAAAGCACUUGAAAUUGUCGAUGAUAAAGCUCAUAAAACAAUGUGCAGUGCUGAGAAGCCAGCUCGAUCCCGCCAGUCAAGAUUUCACAUUCUACAAUACAGUAGAUGGCCCACAGUCGUGCAAUGCAGAUAAGAUGGAAGAUACACAUCCUUUGUUAGAUUUGCUUUUUGAUUUUCCACUUCAGUGUCUGCUGGUGGUUGAGGAGGCAUUCUGGUGCAGAGGUGUUCUGCAGACCUUAAAAGAAGGAAGUCCACUAAAGUUGAAAAAUCUCAAGACACAAAACUCUUCAACGCUAAAGAUCCUCAGCAAUGCUGUCAGGAAUAGAGUCCAAGGCUCUGAAAAUAAAUGUUUGAUUUCCAAAUAUGCAAUGAUGUGUUUGCGUGCUCUGGUACAACUUGCAAUCAAUCAUGGACAGCAGCUGUCUCGACUCAUAGACCUAAAAGCAGUGCUUGAGUCGUCUUUUGAGUGGCUGAGCACGAUGAAGUAUCAUAUCAACUCAGAAGAUGGGAUUCAUGAAUGCAGUGAUAAUCCAUCAUGUUAUGUGGAUAUUCUGGACCACCGUUUCCAGUACGGCUUUGAGUAUUAUGGACCAGAUGACUGGCUGAUGGUGCAAACUCCUUCCACAGAAAGGGCAACACUGGGGAUUGUUCUUGCUCUGACAAGGUACAGGUCUGGGUUUGUGAGUGGGCCUUCCAUGUCUGGGAGAACAAAUACUGUAAUCCAGUUGGGAAAAGCUCUGGGACAGCUGCUUGUGGUUAAGCAGUGCUCUCCAAACUGGGGGUCAGCCGUUGUUCAGCGGAUGCUGCUGGGUGCCAUUCAGACAGGAGCGUGGCUUUUGUUGGAAUCGGUGGACUUACUUUCACAAGAUGCCCUGUCUGUGCUGGGACAGCUACUAACUGACAUACGCCAGCGCUACUUGAACCUACAACGGAAUACGAAUCAAAGGCUGAACAAGGAGCCAGAGUGUAAAACUGCAGCCACGGUCUUGGAUUGCAUAAACAUUGCAAAUCCAGUAUGCCAUUCUCAGCUUUUGGGGGAACAAAUCUUUCUCCACCCGAGCUAUGGCUGUGUUCUUAGCUCAUCAAAUCAGUGUGUAUCAAAGAUUCCAGAUAGCCUGCGAUUCGCUGCCAGACCUGUUUCAUUGACGCACCCAGAUUACAGGAUUGUUGCUGAAGUGACGCUGGCUUCUCUUGGUUUUUUAGAAGCUAUGUCGUUAAGUCAUCGUCUGGUGUGUCUGAUCACCCUGAUCAAAGAUUCUGAAUGCCUGCCGGAUUUAUUCAACGACAAUAAAAGCUGUUUUCUUGUUGUCUUGCAAAAGAUCAUCUCUGCCUCAGAAGUAUACUUGCACCAUGCUGUAAGCCAGCGAGAAAUUUCGUUUCAGGAUAAAGUAAUCGCUGCUGAACACCGUAGUCCUUUGCCUGUAGAAAGCUUGGCUGACGAACAUUUUGGGAAUGACAAAAAAGAAAUGACAAAGCUUCCAAAGCUACGCAAUUCUCAGUUGUUGGUCAUUCAGGCUUUGAUGGAGGAAACGGCGAUCGUCAAAGCCAUUCUUUCUGUUUUGAUACCUGAGCACAAGAAAGCCUCACAAUUCUACACUAUUCUCAAGGACACAUUCCCUAUAGUCUCCCAAUUUCCAGAUUUUCAAAAGUAUCUUCAAGAAAGAGAGAAUAAUCAACUUCAAGAUGCAGUUGUGAAAGAGAUGCAAGAACUACGCCUCUACUACGACAUACAAGCAAUAAACCAAGCCCUCACUCUUUACCACGCCUUGAAGUUCUCUCAAAUGGUCAUUCUUAUAGGCCCCUCAGGUAGUGGAAAAACAACAUGUUACAACAUUCUCACUGGGGCAGUAAAUAGACUGGCUAGCACAAAGGAUGUACAGGGAACAACCAGUAUAAAUAACAGAGAUGCCUCACAUGUAGAUCCACAGAUCCCUGCAUUGAACUGGUGCUACAUUGACACUUUACACCUGUUUCCUAAUGCUAUGUCCCACGAGGAGCUCUUUGGCUCGUCCUGUGAAAAGAGAGGAUGGAAAGACGGAGCCGUCGCAAAAGUGCUUAAAGAUUCAAGACGAUAUGAUCGAACAUGCUUUGAAAUCCAUAACAAUGAUCCAGACAGUGAAGCGAUAUCACUAGUGAAGUGGUUGGUAAUGGAUGGAGAGCCCAUAGGUCAACCUUGCUGGUUAGAUUACUUAACCACUCUGUGCAAUUCCCAGGAUCCACAUUUGUGUCUGCCAUCAGGGGAAACAGUGUUAUCGCUGUCACAAGUGAACCUUCUCUCUGAGAUGACGGACCUACAGGACGCAAGUCCCUCUGCUGUGACCCGCUGUGGCCUUGUUUAUUUCACACACACUGAUCUGUGGAAGGCUAUAUGGAGGAGCGAAAUGAAUGCUCUCUCAGUUGAGCAUAAACUGGACCAAGGAGUCCAAAAAAUGUGGAAUCGACUGGCCGACGACCUUUUCCCAAGCACGCUGAGUUUGCUUGGGCAGCAUGCUUUAACCUCUGCCAAUCAUUUUGAAAGGGGAUCAUGCGAAAACUACGGCCUGCAAGAAAUUACGUCCUUCGUCAGGAUCCUACGAGCCCUUCUGAAACAUUUUGUAAAGCAACUGAAAAAAACAGACCCAUCAGUCCAAAACAGCAACAGAGGUGGAACCAAUAACCCAAGCACCAAUACUCAAGGCGAACAAGAUCCGCUCACUAGAAACCUCUUCUUGGUGGCUUAUGUUUGGGGAUUUGGUGGACAUCUCCACUACCGGCAUUGGCCCCAGUUUGACAUGUUAGCCCGCCAAGUGCUGUUUGCUUCCAGGUAUAAAAUUCAAGUUCCAGAUCAAGACAGCUUAUUUGAACACUUUAUUUGCACUGACACCAAAAUGUGUUCCGGUGAAACGCACUUAACCGAUUUCAUCACGCCAAAGCUUGGGACAUACCGGCAUCUUGUGAAUUUAAUGUUGGAGGCAAACCAGCCGUUGUUGCUUGCAGGAGAGCCAGGUUCUGGGAAAACCACGCUGUGCAACAGUUUGUUACGUUUUGAUCUGCCACACAUUAACCUGGCAGCCAAUCCUCUCAUGAGCUCCAGAGAGCUGCGCAUCAUACUAAAAAAUAUCUCCAGCCAGAGGAAUUGUAAACACAACGUGUGUUCAAAAACAAAACUGCCUGGUCUGCUUCUGUUUGUGGACGAUUUGCACGAAGCCCCCUGUGACCUCUUCAGGAAAGCAUCAACAGCUUUGGAGACACUACGUCAAAGUAUGUCAAAGGGAGGAAUUCUAACAUUUGACUCCUACUCCUUUGAGUAUCUGAGUUCUGGAGCUGUCAGCUAUUUGACUACGACUGAUCUCUCCAGACUGGAUGAUCCGGGGAGUCACGGAAUAUCUUUACGACUCUCACGGCUGUUCUCCAUCUUUGUGCUCCCCAGCCUAUCUGAAGAUGCUAUUUUUUCUUUCCAUUCUCCAUGGCUAACAAUGUGGCUCAGAGAAAUGCCACUAGCCUGCAGUGGAGAGGAAAUGUCAAAAUGUGUCAUCGCUGCAACUAAAGAUCUUUAUGAUGCCGUAUGUGAACAGUUUCAGCCCUCUGCACAGAGGCCCUUCUUCUUAUUCUCUCAUCAUGACAUUCAGAAGGUGUUUUCGGGGAUGUACCUGUGGAAGCACGACGUCUUAAACGCAGAAACCCACAAAGAGAAAAACUUGCCUCCAGGCUCUCCCCCGACUCCAUCAGUGGCUUCAGAUUUUAACAUAGUACAUCUCUGGAUGCACGAGUGCUUGCGUACGUUCAGUGACAGGCUCUGCUCAGAGGACGAGAUGAAUACUUUUCUGUCACUCGUUAGCAGUACUGCAGCAACCCAUUAUGGAUGUCACUUUGUUCAAGGAACCCAAAUGGAUACUUUGGAAGUUGAUGAUGUACAAAAAUCACUUGUGGGGUCUAAAUGUGCUUCUCCUGCAAAUCUGCAUCCAGGAAUAAGUCUAGCUGGACAAGAAGACGUUCAGAAAGUCCAGGCAGAAUCUAAAGAUUUCUACACAGAGGAGGCAAGCCCAAAAAGCCACAUUUUCCGACCAGAGAUGUUUAAGGACAUGGAGGAAGAUGUGACUAGGCUUGUGUAUGCUCCUGAGUUCUAUGAGGCCUCUGAUUUUAUGAAAAAGCAGCAAGACAUUAAAGAUAGAUGCUUGUAUCAGCAGCAAGACUUUGAUCUACUACAGCAAAAGCUGCAUGCAUUCAUAGAUAGAGAAGUCAGUGAUGUCGAUAACAUAACAAGCAGAUACAUUGUGCACAGACAGGGGAUGAGUCAGCUACUACACCUCCUCAGGGCUUUGCUCCUACGUGGAGGUCAUGGAGUGCUGAUUGGCUCAGACAGGAGAACAGGGCGUAAAACCGCUGUUCGCUUAGCUGCCUACAUCACAGGUUACCAGUUAAUAGAAUUAGAUUCUAGUAAUGAGGCUCAGCUCCAUGAAAUCCUAAAAGAAGCGAGGACUAAGGCCAAUAUGGAUGGAGUUAAAGUCAUCUUACUGGUCCAUGAAAACAUCAGUCUCCCAGCGAGAGAAGAAUUACUGAUGGCUAUGGCACAAAAGGCCUUCCCAGUGCUGUACAGGGAGGAAAAACUGAGCAGACACGUUUCCAGGGUGACUUCUCUGAAACACUCAAAUCGAUACCUCAUGCACAGUUGGAUCAAUGAAAAGUCUUUGGGGGAAGAUUACAAAAAUAUCCACGUGUUCCUGUUGAUGCCAUUUACCAAAAUAGUCAACAGUGAAAUCCCUGCAGACAAGGAAACACAAGGUUGGAGUGCACAAUUGGCCAAGGCCCUGAAGCUCAGCUGCUGCGUGGAAGUUUACCAGCCAUGGUCUAGUCAAACUUUGGCAGAACUAGCUAUUAAAUGCCUCAGAACGUAUCCUUAUGAAGUGACAAAAGAGUGCUCAGAGGACAGCUUAUCUGUGGCCAUGACGGGAAUCCAUCAGUCCGCAUGUCGGCAUGCUUCUGUCUUUCUAAAAUCUCACCCAUUCUGCCCUGCGACUUAUCUGGAGUUUAUCGCCUGCUUUGGCUACCUUUGUAACAAACUGCACAACCAAUGGCAAAGAGAACACGACAGAAUUGCCACUACUCUGUCUCGUUUGGACGUUGUGAACAACACAUCUAAACAUUGUAAAGAUAAUUUAAAACAACUUCAAGAACAGAUUGACAACGCACGGCAGCUUGAGAAGGAACUCCUGGGAGUUGUAGAAGAGAAGAAGAUUCAUCUUGAAAUGGCUGUGGAGAAAUAUGCUGUUGGGGAGAGAAAACUGAAUCAACUGGAGGAGCAGAUUAUACAAUCUCAACAUCUGAUAAAACCAGUUUUCCUGUCAGCCCUCGAGAUCCUGAAUUGCUUGAACCUAUCUGACCUGGAGGAGGUGCGUCACUACAGAGAUCCACCUGACCGGGUGGUGGACAUCAUGGAUGCUAUUUGUUUGAUGUUUAACCGUCCAGCGGGCUGGGAGAGUGCCAAGCAACUCCUCGGACAGCCCAGUUUUUUUCAGGAGCUGGAAUUCUUUGACCGCUCCAGUUUGACAAACGAUAAGCUGCAGCAGCUCGGACAGAUCGUGCAGAGUCCUCUGUUUGUACCAGAGUCCGUGCGAGAGGUCAGCAAGGCCUGUGAGUCGCUGUGUCGAUGGGUCCAGGCCGUGUACGAGUACUGCUCCAUGCAACGUAACCUGCAGAUCAGGCAACAGUUGGAGGUUCAAGCUGGAGAGGCACGAAGACAGCUGCACUUGUGGAAGCAGCAAGAGAAGGAGGCCGACCGGUGUUUAGAAGACAAAGAGCGUCAGCUUCAAACGGUCCGAAAUGAGCUGGAGGCCCUCAUCUGUGAGCUGUACAGAGCUGAGAGCCAAGAAGAAGAAGCUACCACGUGUGCUGUGCAGGUGGAGAUGCACUUCCGAAACUGGAGGACCGAGUUUCAGGAGGCAGAGUUGCGUCGCCAAAACAUACCCGGCGACGCCCUUAUUCUUGCAGCAACCAUGUCAUAUUUAGGACCAUUCGAAGCUGCUUUACGGACACAACUACUGAACAAGUGGAGGGACCUUUGCCUGACUGGCAGUAUCAACAUAAACCCCAGGGACCUCAGAAGCUCCCUGUUUACUGACGCAGGCACAGGAUCCAUCUCUCCCUCUCCUGGUUUUCCCAUCACUGUGACUGAGAGGCUGCAGCUGCCUUUUGGUUGGAUUUUAGGGAUGAAGGAAUGGCAACAUGAGGACACUCUGUCAACCAGGCUGGUGGUUAAGCUGCUGCUGUGGGGCUUUAAAGAGGCCCGAGUUCACCGCUGGCCUCUUCUGGCAGACACUGACCAACAUUCAGAAAGAAGCUCUCAACAGUGGUUCACUACAGGUGAGAAUGCAAAUCUUGAGAAGGAGUUUGGGUUUGGGUUGGUGCUGUGUGCAGAUGAUCCGGAGCUUCUUGACAGGCUGGAACUUGCUGCUGAGAAAGGAUGGAAAGUAUUAGUUACUCACAUGGAACGUGCAAAGCCUAGUCCAGAGUUUCUUGCCAAAUUGGUGCGUUCUAACCAAACUUGCUUUCAUGGACUACGACAGCCUUCUCAAGCUGUUCAUCCAGAUUUCUGCCUCGUCUUCAGCACCCCUCUGCCUGUUAGACUGCUCAGCAGCGGGAUCGAUCCGUCCAUCUUGGCCCAAGUACUUGUGGUUGACCUCUCUCUGAGCUCAGAAGAGAUCCGGGAGCUGAUGCUGACACAGCUGCUGCAGUCUGAGUGUAGAGAGCUGCUGAUUCAACACACGCGAUUCCUGAAUUACAAUCAGCUUCUGCAGGAGAAGCUGGUCUCAGCAGAGGAAGCAUUGAUGGACUAUAUCCUGCAAACUGGCGGCUUGCUGUUCAAAGAUUCACAUUUUCUUCCUCGUGUGGCUGAUUGUCAAGAGGAAAUGAGGAAACUGAAGGCUGAGAUAAAUCAGCUAAGUGAAGAGCUGGAUUACCACAAGUCCCUGCUGGCCUCCCCUCGUCAGUUAAUGAAGCUGGCUGCUGCCCUCUACCAGGCGCUUCAGGCGGUGUCCCGUCUCUCUCCUGCGUAUUACUUUUCCCUGCAAGGUUUCAUAAAAGUGAUGCAAGAGGCUUUUAGCGCAAAGGGCAGACCAUUAGUGUCAUACACAACUCGGAAAGCGGCACAGAGCGUGUUUCCAGAGACGACGAGCAUGAUGGUGCAGCAGCUGCUGAUACAGUACAGACCACGUCUCUUCAAGAGACAUUUCGCCGUUUUGAAGCUGUUGGUGUCUCUGGCAGUGCUUGAGCACAAUCAGCUUUGCUCCGAGGCAGAAAAGUUGGUCUUCCUCAGGGGCCUUGAAGAUGUAGAAGAUGAAGUAACUGAUGUAAAAACUUCUGUCAGCACCUCUGACACGGCUUUAAAGUCCUCCAGUGACCUACCCAGCUGGAUACCUGCGAAUCUUCACACAGAGCUUCUCCUCUUGGAAAAGAUUUCCUGUUUCAAUGGGCUGAUUGAUUCAAUCUGCGCUUCUCCCACACAGUGGCAAGAAUACCUCUGUUUCACUUCCUCCACUAUAGUAGGCAACGUUCCCUGUUGCUCUCACUCUCACCUUUCCUUGCUGCAGAGGGCUAUCCUGUGGAAAACCAUACGCCCAGACUGCCUAGAGCACCUAGGAGACUCUAUAAAUGCCUGCUUACUUUGCCUGACUGCAACAACAUCCGCAGCUCCUGACUCUGAGAUUCCAGAGGCUCUUUCAAAACAUUUAGCAAGAACUGAUGGACCCAUCAUCCUUACAUUGCCUAGUUCAGAAGGAGAUAUGCUGAUAAGCGUUCGGCCUCUCUGUUUCAUACAGCAAUUGAUCCACAAGGACGGAGAAAACGAGGUAGAAGUAAUUUCUUUUGGGGGAUUGUGUGAUAAAGAGCUCAUCCUGUCAGCUCUGGACAAAGCCGUUAGUGAAGGCCGGUGGCUGGUCUUUAACAACUGUCACCUGUUGGAAAACUGGGACGAUGAAGUGGUGGCGCGGCUCAGUCAGCUCACAUCUCCCUUUAAAGAGGAGAAGCGUCUGAUUCAUCCGUGCUUUCGAUUGUGGUUUGUAAAUCAAGAAAAUGCAGCUGAAUCUUUACCAGCUGUAGUGAGAAUGUGGGCCCUACCGCUGUGCUGUGACUCUCCCUGGGACCUGAAGGAGGAGAUAUUUUACUCUUUCCAACAGGUUUUGUCAGUCAGUCACCAUCAGUCAUGGUCAGAUGUUGCAGAUGACAACAAGGAAGGGCUUCUCCGCUGUGCCAUCUUCCAUUCAGUUCUGCUACAGAGGCGGACUUAUACACAUUUCAGCUUUGGAAGAAUGUAUCAUUGGAGUCAAGAGGACCUCCUUACUUUAUUAGAUGCAUACAUUUCCAUCGCCAGUCAGUGCCAUGAUAAAGUAAACGUUUUACACUACAUGGCAGCCAGUGUCGUUCAUGGUGGCCACAUAACAGACUCUACAGAUGCAGAGGUGGUGCAGAGUGUCGCUAGGUGUUGCUUUGCUCCAGAGUCGUCCCUCUCAGGGAGCGGACCAGGCCUCCUUUCAGAUAUGAUCAGCGGUUGUGGCCAUUUUGAUUUAUCAGGACUGCUGCAAGUUUUGGAACAACGUUUUCGGGAUUUAGCGAUCAGUGACCCGGAUGUGCUUGGUUUCAGUGCAGAUGUGGCCCCUGAAGUAGCCAAAAUGAAAAGCUACAGUUUAAACGUACUCCUCCGGGCCUCCCAAUCACCUUUAGGAGGAGUGAGGAGUUUUAGCCCUAAACAGAUUCCACCUGUCAAAGUGCCAACCUACCUUAAAGUGAGAGAAAGACUGCAGGCUCUGAAGAAUUACCUCACACACAAGAAAGACAGCGCGAUUAGAGAUGUGGGAGCUGCGUCUCACAGUCCCCUUCGUGACUUCCUUGAGGCUGAAUGGGAUGAUCUGAUUGAUUUGGUAGCGUUGCUCCUCUCACAUCUCCAGCGCCCUGUUCAGUACAAUUUGUCCUCCACUUCCCUGAUAAAGUUCACAGACUUGUCUCGGUUAGAGAAGAGGGCAGAGCUGCUCAGCGCUUACCUCGGUUACGGCAGCGCUUCAGAUCCACCAGGUGCUUAUCGACUGGCAGCUUUUCAAAAGCCCAGAGGCCUUCUGCUGGCGUUGAUGCGAGGGGCUGCUCGAGAAAAUUACAAAUACAUCAGUGAUAUAAUACUACAUUUUCAGGUUCUGCGUGAGAGGACAUGCCUCGCCUUGCUUCCUCCAGAUGCCAUUUAUUUGUUUGGCUUGCAGCUGACAGGAGCAUCAUGGGACCCAGAGAUAGGAGCCCUACAGGACGGCGUGUCCUCCCGGCCAUUUUCAAUGCCCAUUAUUUGUGUCAAAGCUCAAGUCAGGACUGCAAACAGUGCAGCGCAUGCUUUAACUUGUAAAAGUUCGUAUUUAACAGAUAUAGGCAAUCUUCAAGCUGCUCCCACUGCUCCACAUUUACCAGUCUACCACUGCCCUCUCUAUCUGAAUGAAGACUGUGAGAGUGGAACCUGGGGACUGAGUGACGUUAAUAUAAUCACAAAGGUUCCCCUUCGUGCCAACUUCGAUCCUGCUUUGUGUAGUUUAAGAAGGGUGAGAUUAGUGAGUACACUCUGACUCCUGUGAGCCGCUGUGACUUCUAACCCAGAGUUAAGUCAUCAAACAUCUGCUGUGUUUUGAUAGGAUCGGUGCUUGUAAGUCCACAUGACAAGUCAAACUAUACAGCCAGCAUGUAUUUUCUUUCUUUCAUUUUGUAAAGUAUUACAAGGAGGGUUGAAAUAAAAUUAUUGUGUUAAAACAGGGAGUUUCUGUUGUUUUGUCGGUUUUGGAUAAAUAAUUUUACAACAAAUUAUUAAAAGGUAUAUGACUAAAUGACUACACAAUGCAUAGAAUCACAAAUAUGCAGGUUUUAUGCAAACAAGUGAAAAAUAUAUGUAUUUGAAAAAUAUGUGUUUGCCAAUACAUCCAUAUUGUAAACUGUUUGAAUUAGAAAGCAGUGAGCCUGAACCCCUUUUUACUUCAUGUCCAGGUAACAUGGACAGGCAUCAUUAUGAAACCUUUGAAAAGUAUGGCAACAACACCUUCCUGCUGCAUCUCGACAAUGGGAGGGCAUUUGGGCGUCACUCAAAGGAUGAAC